CUCACAAUGAACCACGUAAAACUACUAACAUUGUUUGCAGUCGCAAUCUGCCGAGCUUUAUCGGAACCCGUCUCUGCCACAAAUCGCAUCGUUAAUGGAUCAACUGUCGAUAUAGUGAACUAUCCCUAUCAGGUGGCAAUCAUAGCCUGGCCCAAUACGGAUGAAGAAAUCGGUUACGCAGGUGGCACACUGAUUGCCGAUACUUGGGUACUUUCGGCUGCGCAUCUGUUUCGAUCUAAGAGAGCAUCUCAUACUGGAGUACGGGUGGGUUCAUCCGAGGUCAACGAAGGAGGAACCGUUAUUGAGGUCGCUGGGUUGUCGUACCACCCGGACUAUAAUCCAAACAAUGUUGACAAUGAUUACGUUUUGCUUCGACUGAAGCAAUCCUACAGGAUAGAUCCAGUUGCCCGGGCGAUUCCAAUGGUAGAUGACGGCGAGGUGACGGCCGAUGGGACUGUGUGCACGGCCAGCGGAUGGGGUGAUACCAUGGGAACCGGCAACAACGAUACCUUGCAAGCUGUGGAAGUUCCGAUUGUCAAUCACAGUCAAUGCAAGAAGAAUUAUGCUGCAUCGAAGCUGAGCAUUACUGACAGUAUGCUGUGCGCAGGCUACGAUGAAGGAUUGCAGGAUUCAUGUACGGGUGAUUCAGGAGGUCCUCUUGUGUGCCAAGGAAAGUUAGUUGGAGUGGUGUCGUGGGGAAGAAAAUGUGCUUCAAAGAACUUCUACGGAGUGUACGCAAAUGUAGCCAAAGCUCGAGAUUGGAUCAAACGAAAAACUGGAAUAUAAAUUGGAUGUGUUUAAGAUAAACUUCAAAUGUAGGGGAACUGUCCCGCUCUCGAUCUCACUGAACAUAUAUUCAUCUCAUGGCGAAACAAAGAAUUACAGCACCAAUUUUGUCGCUUCUUUAAAUGCCUAAAAAAUCACAAAAAUAAGAAACAAAUCAAAUUGCUUUCCAUUGCUUUGUUUUCGAUGGGAUGGAUAUCGGAGCCAUGAGAUGAAUUCCAGGUGCAGUUCCCCUAUAUAAGUUGUAUUUAAUAUUCUCAAUACGAUUGCCCACUACUUAUGUACAUAGUGCAAUUAUUCCAUUUUUUAUUUCACUGAAACAAAAUUAUUUCAUGUCUAAUUAAAGAAAUAAAGCACCUCAUUUGUCGGAUUUUACUUA